GUACCGACAUUAAGACCCGGUAGUUUAUGUUUGCGCCUCCUCUUUUGCGCCUUUCAAACAUGGCAGACGAACUGCUUAAGAGAUUGUGUACAGUCAUUGAAGUGUUAAUACUUGUCGUUCUUAUUGCAAUGCUCUGCAUUGUGUGGACCAAGCCGGACUGUAGGCACACAGACAGUGACUCAGAGGAAUGUUUGUUUGCAUACGAUGGAGCUGAGAAACAGGAGCAAAUUCAAACAGAAACAAUCAUAAAAGUGGAUUCUACGGAACCUUCGUGUCCUAAAUACAACCUUGAAAAAAGACUCAUUGAACGCGUGAUUAAGAAUGAAGUGGAAAUAAAACACCUGCAUGACGAUAUAUCAACGGUUCGUGAAGAGAUCGGGGAGAUGACCCGCAGGAUUAAUCAGUUGGAUCUCGCCUCUGGUUUCCGCUUUGAGCAGUUGUCCCAGAGUCUAAUAGAGAACAUGACGCGUUCUCUCGCGGAGCUUGAAACUGCCCGAGAUAUGGUGACAGAAAUGACCCGGCUCAAAGGAGCCAGUAUAUGGCCGCCAAAAAUACAGUUCACUGCCAAUAGCCCAUUUGACAAAUAUUUGGACAAUGGACAAACUAUAGUGCUAAAGAAUGUGGUCAUCAACGAUGGUCAAGGGUACGACCCAAAUACAGGCAUAUUCACGUGUCCCUUCAGCGGUCUUUACACAUUCUCUUUCCAACACUGUGUGCACAGGGGAAAAUAUUCUCACGUCGGCAUAGUGAAGGACAAUACCCUGCUCAUUGCUGGUGUAGCGUUUGGUACCGAGUGGUACCCUUGUAGUUCUAUGCAAGCGUUUGUCAGUCUGAAGAAAGGUGAGAAGGUUUGGAGCAAGGCCAACUGGGAAAGCUUCCUUUUCCAUAGUGAAACAAGGUGGACAAGUCUUAGUGGGGUAUUGCUGCGUUCUGAAUCUUGAGUGAUGUGCACAUGCUGUCCAUCUUUGAGGCAGAGAAACUGAUAUAUUUUAUGGUGGUUAGAACGUUAUAAUAAACACAAAGUCAUACAUCAUAAAAUGUAUAUAUAUAUAUAUAUAUGUUUAUAUUAUCAUGGCUUAAAUAAGAUCAAAGUAACACUCAAAUCGUAAAUCAUACAAGUUCAAACAACGCGUUACUGGUUUCUUAUGUUAACCAAAUGGAUAAAAGUGUUGUCAAUGUUAAGUUACACCAUUGGCUAAUGUAUUUGUAUUAUGUAUACAAAAAUUUGCUUCAUAACAUAUAUUAAAAUUGUUUGUAUUUCCAGAUGACUGAAUAAGAUGUACAAUUUGUAUUAAUGCUUGAAAUUUCAAACCAUUUCAUAUUUCAUCCGACGGAAAAGUAACCAUUACCUUAUAAAAGAUCGAUAGUGUUGCUUUAGAUUAUGGUCUUAAACUAGAUUUGUGUCGCAUAUGUUUGUGUGGGCAACUAAAAAUCAAGGAUUUUUCAGUUUUCUGUUCAUUAAUUCUACGUAAAUCGAUUCUAACGAAUACUACAUAAAAUAGUUUCAUGGAGUAUAUUCCAGUCAGUCUUCUUUUCCUACCAAGGCUUACUUCUCUACUACUGUUAGUAAUAAAAGGUAGCAUGUC